CCCGUCUCUCUCUCUCUGCAGAGCAGCCGGCGCGCUUGUUCGCCACAGUCCCUCGACUCACACUCUCCUUCCUGCCUCUGACAGGAAGAUGGUACCGUGCGCAGAGUGUCCUGCACGCGAACCGAAGGCGUCACUCACCGACUCGCUGCGGGACUUUUAAACUCCAUCAUGCCGUGUUACGCCAGGUUUCUGUUUUUACUUCUGUGUUUGAUCCUGCUCGGGGAGUGCAGGAGACCCAAAAGUAGGAAAAAGCGGUGGUCCGCGCCGGCGGAGAAUCACAAGCCGGGCACUCCUCUGUCAAAGAAGGUUGCAGAUGGAACCAAAUCCCGAAAGAUGAAGACCACCCACCUUCUGCGCAUAGACGAGCAUGACUUUACCAUGAGGCCCGCCUUCGCAGGUCCAGCUGUCCCUGUUGGAGUGGAUGUGCAGGUGGAGAGCUUGGACAGCAUAUCAGAGGUGGACAUGGACUUCACCAUGACCCUGUAUCUAAGGCACUACUGGAAGGACGAGAGGCUUGCCUUCCCAAGCUCCACCAACAAGAGCAUGACAUUUGACGGGCGCCUGGUGAAGAAAAUCUGGGUGCCUGAUGUGUUCUUUGUCCACUCCAAGAGGUCUUUCAUCCAUGACACCACCACUGACAACAUCAUGCUGCGGGUGUUUCCGGACGGUCACGUCCUGUACAGCCUGAGGGUUACAGUAACUGCUGCAUGCAACAUGGAUUUCAGUCGUUUUCCUUUGGACUCGCAGACAUGCACGCUGGAGCUGGAGAGCUAUGCUUACACAGAUGAAGACCUGAUGCUGUAUUGGAAAAGCGGUGAUGAGUCCCUGAGCACUGAUGACAGGAUUUCUCUGUCUCAGUUCCUCAUCCAGAAGUUUCACACUACUUCCAGACUGGCUUUCUACAGCAGCACAGGCUGGUACAACCGUCUGUACAUCAACUUCACUCUGCGGCGUCACAUCUUCUUUUUCCUGCUGCAGACCUACUUCCCAGCCACUCUGAUGGUCAUGCUGUCCUGGGUGUCCUUCUGGAUCGACCGCAGGGCCGUCCCUGCCAGAGUCUCAUUAGGUAUAACCACAGUGCUCACCAUGUCUACCAUCAUCACUGGAGUCAACGCCUCCAUGCCCAGGGUCUCCUACAUCAAAGCUGUGGAUAUUUACCUCUGGGUCAGUUUUGUCUUUGUCUUCCUGUCUGUGCUCGAAUAUGCUGCCGUCAACUACCUGACGACAGUGAGGGACGGUAAAGACCGCAAGCUCAGAGAAAAAGCCAGAGAACAGUCCCAGACACUCCCCUGCACCUGUGGCAUGUCCCACGCCAGGACCAUGAUGCUAGACGGAACAUACAGCGAGGCGGACGCCAACAGCCUGGCGGGGUACACAAGGGCCUCCAUGGCACCUGAGGAUGUGUCGGAAAAACAGGAGCGAAUGGUAGUGCAUCUCUCCCUGGACACCGAGCCCACGGGGACCAAGAAGAAGGGCAUCCGCGGCUUCCGGAUUAUCCAGAACACUCAUGCCAUUGACACCUAUUCUCGCAUGAUAUUCCCUGGCGCCUACAUCCUGUUUAACCUGAUCUACUGGUGUGUGUACUGCUGAUUGUGUGCAUUCUAGCCUAAACUGUAGCAGUGUAUGAAAAAACUGCGGAAUCUUUUAGUUGUCCUUAGAAGAGGGAUACAGUUGUUUCCCUUCUGCAUGUUCAGGUGGAGCAACAAGUUUGGCAGGAUGGUUGAAGAAUAUCAGAGGCUGCUGGGUGCGAAUAGCUCCAACUCUGGCUCACAUGUCACCGCUGGACUGAACCACUUAUACAGCUUCCCCUCCUUUACAUAAUUAUAUCACAAGCUCAUAUUUACCCACAUCAUACGCCAACAACUGGUUGGCUGGUUGUACAAAUUGUGCUCCCUAGUCUAACUAGUCCAAUGGCGGAUGUACAAAAAUAAAAACAGACUAAUUAACUCUCCAGCUCUGCCUACUAUUAAUAUGCCCAACCCAAAACAGACAUAACUGCCUAUCAGACAUCAUGAUGUCUUGUAGCCAACUUUUUGUUUGUUUGCAAUUUAUUUCAACAACAUUUUUGUCCUAAUUUAAGCAUUAACAUUUUCCUAUCUUUCCAUUUAAACAUGUUUCUCUGCUACACUCAUUACUGAAGCUUUAGUUGUUUUUUUAAAAUUGUAAAAAAAAUAUGCUGAUGUAAUCUGCCAUUUUUCAAGCCCACUUAUUUUCAUAAUUGUAUCUAGGUAGCAUAUGUAGGAAGAUGGUGCCCCUAUUCUUAAUCCCGCCUACUAAACUCAGAUUAAGCAAUUGUUUUUCCAGCCAGGGAAAGUAACACCAGAUUUAUUUGAUUGGCUAAUGGAAUUGGAGAAGCGAGUGAUCUGAAACAAGGCUGCAGAGGAUCUACAAAGAGGAUCUCCACAGCAAGCUGAAAAACACAAACCAUGGACAUCUUGUCACCUUAUCAAGUUGGUUUUAACUAAUGUGUUACCAGUUGUGCAUUUACACAUCCAGUAGACACAGAGCAAUAUUAGCGUUCAUGUGGUUUUUGGCAACACAACUUAUGUUGUGUGGUUGUUGUAUGUUGUAUGUCUCCAUCAUCUUCUGAGAAAAAUAUGUUUAAUGAAGUGCCAUAUGUCAGUGUCAUGAAUAUAUUGAUGGGCAGAGUUUGUAGAUAGUCAUGAAAGCUUUGCACAACUGAAGAACUUACUGUCUAUGUCUAACUGAAGUUGGACUGUUCCUAUCUAAACCAUAAUCAAAUGUUUGUGCUACCAGCCCCUGCCUGUACUUCCCUAAAUACCACUCUCUUCUCUGAAGCUCUCUAUCUUCAUGAUCAAACUGUCAAAAUAACAAGAGUAGAUCAUUCGGCUGCUAUUGCCUCUGUAAACUUUGGAUCUGACUGAGUCGCAUAGCUAAAUGUGUCCAGAGCAGACGGCUUAUGAGGCAGUAACUGAGCUAAAUACCAGACCUUCUUCCCUUAACGGCGCUCCUACUACAGUGACAACAUUUCAAUUAAAGUAACAGUAAAUGCUGCUGCCCUGUACAGUAUUACACAUGGACUACCGUUAUUAACUACCGGCAUUAACAAGACUAAAGCUACAGGACUAACAGGAUGUUACUACUGUAUAGGUUUUGAAGCAACACACACAAACCACUGUUGCUGAGUAAAGUCUUUAUUUAUUUAUGUAUUCACAGCUUGUUCAUUCAUUGAGUUUCUUUUAUUUGAUAUUUAUUUUUAGUGUAGCAACAGAUCCAUGUGCCAUUAUACCUUAAGUUGGCAAAGAUGCACAUAACAGGGCUUGUAUAGAAACAGCUUGAUGCAUGCUGCAGACGUGCAAUACUGUGUCUUUCUAGAUGUGUAUUUCUUAGAAGGGACUUAUCAACAUGGAAAGCUUUACCAGUGAUGUAACCAACUUGAACCGCCUUAAGUGAACAUUUUUUAUGCACAAACAUGGUUUAAUGGCCAUAUGCUUUUUCAUUUGUUUGUUUGAGUACUAUGAGGGACUGCAUUGUUAUAUUGGGGAGUUCUUAGCAGAAUCCCAUCCAAUUCAGCAUCAAAUCAUGUGGGUAAAUAGUAAACUAGAAGCUAUCCCUAUGGCUGGCUGUGCUGUGGUGUGUGACUUCACCCACCCACAAGUGCUGCAGGUUUUUCACUGCUUCCAGUCUUUAUGAAAAGCUAGGCUAACCACAUCUUGGCUUUAGCUCCAUACUUAUUGCACAGACAUGAGAGUGGUAUUGAUCUUUUCAUCUAACUUUCUGCAAGAAAGUGAAAAGGCACAUCUCAGAAGAUGUCAAAGUACUCUUUUAAGUACUCUUUUUAAGUUCUCGACCUGCUUCAUAAUCUUUUCAGCAUCCAAUAUUGGGCUUUUGCUUUAUGGCAGCAAUCAUUUGCCAAAACUCAAUGUGAUUUUUUUUUAUUUAUUUACUUAUUUUAAUGGUGCAUAUCAUUUUGGAAUGAUACUCUCAUAAUAGCAAGUCAGAUUUCUCAGAGCACAAAACCAAAACAAGAAAAACAGAUCUGUCAGCUUCCAAACCAACAUCACUUCAACCUUCAUCUUCAGAAUGUAAUGCUGUCAGAGCAAAUUUCAUAAAUAAAGACUUUCUUUCAAAUGCG